AUGGGUAAGGGUAUCAACAAGAUUCAAGCCACAGUGCAAGAAAGCCUCCUCCAACACCUUUACAACAAAGCAACAGGAAAAUCAGACAGUACUACUCUCAAAUUGAAUAUCCCAGAGUGUGACUUGUAUGGUGAUGAGCCUUGCAAGAUUUGGAGUGAUCAUUAUCAUCAUGGGACUGGUAGUACAACGUUGUUGUUAACUGAGAACAAUAAGAACAACAAGAACAACAUGAAGAAAAACGAAGAGCUUUACGUGUUCACAAAGCUGAAGAAGAAGAGUGUCAAGGGCACACGUUUUGAUCGGACGGUAGGGGACAAGGGUGCAUGGAAAGGCGAGGACUCCGGCGUCAAGAUUUAUUGUGACGACAAAACUAGUGCUCUUGAGACUGAGACGGCAACGCCGCCGAUCAGGGUUCAUGGGUUGAAGAAAAGGUAUCGGUAUGAGAGUAGUUCUAAGUCGGUGAACGAUGAUGAUGGGCGUUGGAUCAUGUACGAGUAUAGCCUUGAUGCCUCCAUGCUUCCACAUGCAAAAUUCCCAGAUUAUGUUCUCUGUCGAAUUAAAAAGAAUGAUGAACCAGAAAAGAAGAGAAAAGUAAGAGAACCAGAGAAUGCAAAGAAGAUGAAAGAGAAUAAAGGUGAUCAAAGGACGAAGCCUGAGCAUAUACACGAGAAAACAAAGGUGGUUUCACUUGAAAUACAAGAAAACAAACAAUUGGAGCCUAUAUGCAACAACAAUGGCAUACCAUCAGCAAAGACAACCACCACAAAUCCUAGUAAGGUUGCAGCUAUUGAUGCUGAGUUGCAACCUGUCAGUGAUAGAGUUAUUAUUGACUUGACCGAUGAUGAUGAUCACGACAAUUCCGCUAGUGAAGAUGCGGUAGUGAUCAACAAUAUUGGAACUACAUUAGUGGUAAAACAAUUGGAUUCAAAGGACUCACCCCCAGAGAAAUUAGCGAUUGAAUCUCCUAAAGUGGAUGAGUCAUUGGAGGAGAUUGACUGGGAUAUAGCAUUUGCUGAAGAGCUAGUGGAAGGUCAAUCACAGCCUAUGCAAGAGCCAGGGAUUGAGAUGUUGCCUAAUCUGUUAUUUCUAGAGGAUUGGCUAGUUAUCAAAGUCUUAAAAUGA